AGAGGAUGYUUUCCUGUACUCCUACCGUUUAUUGUUGUGCGUAAAUGUCAAAUGGACCUCUUUAGAAUACUCGUUUGUUUUUUUCAUACUGGUGCCUCAUUCKUUUGGACGGUGCUUCGACAUGUCCUUUUCAGUUUGUUGGGUGGGCAAAGAGGACGCUUUGAUUAGACCAAAUGAAAACUUGUGGCUCAACGGCACAUCGAUAAAAUCCAUCAUUAAAGCGGGCAGCGUUGUCUCUCUAACCGUGUCUCCAGUUGUAGAAAACAGGCUCACACUUCACCACGAUGGCUUGAUUCAGAGGUGGACGUUUUCUAUCAGCCCUCGUACCAAAAGGAUAAAAAUUACAGGUCGACAGAAACCUUCAGAGCUUCAAACAAACGCAACUAAGAGCUUAAUGAAGCUGUUAAAUCCCACUGAAGUGUUCGCCUGUGAAGGUGGCACAACGUUCCUCCAUCAGGAUGAAAACUUCUUCCUUGCUGUUGGGCACACUUUUCAUUUUCCUGUCAAACUGGAGUCCAGGAGCCCCUCCUCCCUGCUGGUGUCUUGGGUGGAGAGUAAUCUGGAUUACCUCGACUUUCACACAGUGACCCUGUUCUACAGAGAACUGGGAUCCUACAGCCAAGUCUUUGUGGAUAGUACCACCCUGAACCACCACCGCUUCACUGCUCUGGACGCCUGCAGCCACUAUGUGGUUUGUGUUGAGAUUGCAGGCACUCGCUCCUUCACCUGCCUCUCCACCAUUACUGACCCAGAAAUUCCCAAACAUUUUGAAGUGACCUCGUGGAACAGCAGCAGCAUCACACUGUCCUGGGACUGUCCUGAGAACCUGAAGUACUCCCUCUUCUUCCUCACCAUCUUCUACCUGAACGGUACGGGUCAAACGAUAGAGGAGGCUGAGAUGUGGCUCACGGACGACCGCCUCACCUUCACCUUGUCUGACCUGCCGCCCUGCAUCAGGCUGGAAUUUGGCCUGCAGACGGUCUGCCAGGCAGGACUGGAGUCCCGUUACAGCAGGAUGGUCCUGAGUGAUGGAAACUCUGAUUACUCCAACAUUUACUCCCUGCAUCAGUCAUCGUUUGGGCCCAGCAGCUACACUCUGAGCUGGGAGGUGAAGAACACCUCGUCCAUCUCAAUGUUCAGAGUUUACCACCAGGGGGUCCUGCAGGGCACUACACUCCUCACCAAAUACUCUGUGGGUGGACUUCUGCCAUGUCAGAAGUACCAGGCAAAGGUGGAGGCACUGUGUGGGGAAAAGGUGCUCAUGAGUGUCAAGGAAGUCACCACACACACAGGACCUCGCGGUGUGUCUGAGCUCUGGUACCGCUCCAAUGACUCCACUGCUGUGUGGAGACCCAGCGUCCCUAAUCAGCCGGCUGUGGCCUACAUUUACGAGCUGUCCCAGGAGAACGGCUUGACAAUCGAGAGCAGCCGUGUGUCCAACACGGAGCUGCCUCUUCCAGGGCUGGUACCUGGCAAAUCCUACAUCCUGAAUGUGUGGGAGGAAUGUGAUGGGCAGUGGGAGUCUCUGCCAAUUCAGCUGAGUUUUGAAGGAGCCAACUCUUCUUUUGAGAUCCAAGUGAGAGCUGUGGAGCCUCCUCAGAACCUAGAGCUACAGUUAGACUUCGACAAUGUAGGUCUGACCAUGGUUGUGCCCUGGUCUCUGCCUGAAGAUCUACAGGAUGACUUAUCAGAAUCCAGAAUUAAAGUGAAGCAGGUUUUUCAAAAUGAGCUGCAGGAGCUGUUGAAGGACUUCGAUCAGCCUGUCCACAUUGAGCUGGACUCCUUUAAACCUACAGCUGAGCCAGGAAAAACUGAGGUUCUGUUUCGGUCUUUUGAUGCCAAAAGCAAAGAAGACAUUCUGCCGAUUGAUGAUCAGCUCGUUUAUAUCAAUUCACUGAAUUCCCCCAACAUCAAUGUAAGGAACGGCGUCAUAUACUGGGAAGGUCCAGACAUGUGUUCCAAGCAAUCUUUAUGUUCUCCUGAUUCUCUGUGCGUUAGCACUCUGGAAUCAUACGUGUGCGUCUGCCAUCGUGGUCACUAUGAUGUAAGCGCUUUCGUAGAUUCUGCUGCAGCGCCACGUCCACUCUGCAGAGAUAAAGGUCUUUUCAACCAGUGUCUGGACAAGGUGAUGACUGGUGGGAUAGCCAAGUCUUAUGUGACCUCUCUCUUCGGGGGAAGUGUUGAGGUGAAGCUGAAUGAUGGCCAGUGUUCUGUGAAUGAAAGUGAGCUGCUGUAUUACUUCUCCACGUCACAACAUCCAUCAGUGUGUGGAGCAGAGUAUGAGGUGAACAACACACACAUUUUAGUUCAAAAUACCCUGACAGUCAGUCUGACUAAAGAGCACACAAUCACUCGACGGGACCUAAAAAUUGUUUGGAAGUGCAUCUACCCACGACAUUAUGUUCGUAAUGCUCAGGUUUUUGCUAACAUGGAAUGGCUCUCUUCUUUAACCAUGGUGGAGUUGAACUCCUCACUGCAGCUGGGUCUGAUCAUGACCCUGUUCAGGGAUGAGUCCUACAUCUCCAGUUACUCAGAUGUGGUCGAGCUGGGAUUUGAGGACACCCUGUUCUUCCAGGUGGCCCUGCAGACCAACGGCUCCUUUGCCUCAGAUGUUCUGCUGCAGGUGGUGUCCUGCUGGGCCACUGAAAGCCCUGACCCAGAAGAUACCAUCCAGGCUACAUUUCUUCAAGAAGGCUGUCCUCUUGAUCACACGUUCCACUGGCUCUCUGUUAACGGUGAAGCCCAGAGAAGCAGGUUUUCUAUCCAGAUGUUCCGCAUGCCCCAAGGUUUGCCUCUUUACUUCCACUGCUUGACCAACAUCUGUGGACACGAUGAAACCUGCACCAAGCAGAACUGCAGCAGCCAUCAGCGCUCCAGAAGGUCAGUCAGCCAGAUGGAGGGAAAGGGGAAACAAGCAGCUGUGGUGUCAGCUGGUCCACUGACAGUCAACAUGAGGGUGAAGUCAGUCCGUCCAUCUCACUGGACUGAACACACAAACAUGAUUGUGAUUGUUGUCACAUCUGUAAGCUUCUUGGGGCUGACUGUGCUCUCUCUGUGUGCUGUAAAGGCAGUACUAAAGUACUAUGAGCAGUUACAGCUGGAAUAAACUUUAGAAAAGUG